GGAGGGGCUGCGGCCGGGCGAGCCGGGUUCUGAGCUGCAUCCCCAUUCGCGUUGGCUGGACCAGCUGCUGGCAUCGCCACCGCCCUGCGCUGAUGAGACCAAGAGGCAGAACAUCCCUGAGCCUGGGGAGCCUGCAGGGCCAGAGGGCCUGCUUGGCUGGUCGCGGAAAGAUCUGUGCAGUGAGUUUGGCAUCAGAGGGACCCACCGAGCCGGUGAGCUUGGUUGGGCCAGCGAGCACAACACGGGGAAGACGGACUGGGCCAGCGAGACUGAGCAGGAUCGGGAGUUCGGCACGGGCACGCGGGACUGGGGCGAUGCGUACAAAGAGCCGGAGCGGCUGCAGGAGUCCAGCGCGGCGCAUGGAAACUGGCCUGAUGCCUACAGCAUGGAGCAGCCCCGGCAAGCCAGACUGGAGCGGCCAAUACAACGUGGGCGGUGCCAACAGCCCGGAUGGGGAAUUCAGUACCAGGAAACUGGACUGGAGCAACUCCUACGGCACUGGGGAGAGCACCCAGCAGGACAAGAGAUUCAAGGCUGGCCAGCCAGACUGGACCCAUGAGCCUGUUGUUGGUGAUACCGCCCAGCAGGAUAGAGAGUGGCCCCACAUGUACGGUGGGGAUACCGACCAACAAGAUGGAGAGUUUGGCACCAGCAAGUCAUCCUGGACCCAUGAGCCUGGUGCUGGUGAUACCGCCCGGCAGGAUAGAGAGUUUGGCACCAACGAGCCAGACUGGACCCGUGAUCCUGGUGUCGAUGAUACUGCCCGGCAGGAUAGAGAAUUCGGCUCUGGCAAGCCAGACUGGCCCCGUGUGUACAGUGGUGAUACCGUCCGGCAGGAUAGAGAGUUUGGCACCAACGAGCCAGACUGGACCCGUGAUCCUGGUGUCGAUGAUACUGCCCGGCAGGAUAGAGAAUUCGGCUCUGGCAAGCCAGACUGGCCCCGUGUGUACAGUGGUGAUACCGUCCGGCAGGAUAGAGAGUUUGGCACCAACGAGCCAGACUGGACCCGUGAUCCUGGUGUCGAUGAUACUGCCCGGCAGGAUAGAGAAUUCGGCUCUGGCAAGCCAGACUGGCCCCGUGUGUACAGUGGUGAUACCGUCCGGCAGGAUAGAGAGUUUGGCACCAACGAGCCAGACUGGACCCGUGAUCCUGGUGUCGAUGAUACUGCCCGGCAGGAUAGAGAAUUCGGCUCUGGCAAGCCAGACUGGCCCCGUGUGUACAGUGGUGAUACCGUCCGGCAGGAUAGAGAGUUUGGCACCAACGAGCCAGACUGGACCCGUGAUCCUGGUGUCGGUGAUACUGUCCGGCAGGAUAGAGAGUUUGGCACCAGCGAGCCAGACUGGACCCAUGAUCCUGGUGUCGGUGAUAUCGGUGAUACUGCCCGGCAGGAUAGACAGUUUGGCACCAGCAAGCCAGACUGGACCCGUGAUCCCGGUGUCGGUGAUACCGUCCGGCAGGAUAGAGAGUUUGGCACCAACGAGCCAGACUGGACCCGUGAUCCUGGUGUCGAUGAUACUGCCCGGCAGGAUAGAGAAUUCGGCUCUGGCAAGCCAGACUGGCCCCGUGUGUACAGUGGUGAUACCGUCCGGCAGGAUAGAGAGUUUGGCACCAACGAGCCAGACUGGACCCGUGAUCCUGGUGUCGAUGAUACUGCCCGGCAGGAUAGAGAAUUCGGCUCUGGCAAGCCAGACUGGCCCCGUGUGUACAGUGGUGAUACCGUCCGGCAGGAUAGAGAGUUUGGCACCAACGAGCCAGACUGGACCCGUGAUCCUGGUGUCGAUGAUACUGCCCGGCAGGAUAGAGAAUUCGGCUCUGGCAAGCCAGACUGGCCCCGUGUGUACAGUGGUGAUACCGUCCGGCAGGAUAGAGAGUUUGGCACCAACGAGCCAGACUGGACCCGUGAUCCUGGUGUCGAUGAUACUGCCCGGCAGGAUAGAGAAUUCGGCUCUGGCAAGCCAGACUGGCCCCGUGUGUACAGUGGUGAUACCGUCCGGCAGGAUAGAGAGUUUGGCACCAACGAGCCAGACUGGACCCGUGAGUAUGGGUUCAGUCCUGCUGAUGGUCCGGGUAAGGAGUGUAGUCCUGAGAAGCCAGACUGGACCCGGGAGUGCAGUGCCAAGUCCCACGAGCAGGGUAGGGAGUGGACCCGUGGGUACGGUGUUGGGGAUACCGCCCAGCAGGACAAGGACUUUGGCACUGGCCAGCAACUCUGGACCCGCGAGUUCGGAAUUGGUGAUGGUGCUGGACAGGACGGCGCAUUGAGCCCUGACAAGCCAGCUUGGCUUGGGGACCAUGGCAGUCGCCUUACAGACCGAGACUCUACCUUUGGCCCUGGGGUCGAAGACGCCGGCAGCUUGAUCCGAGCCCCCAAGGCCCGGAAGCCCAGGUGGAGCGGCAGCGGCCUGCAAGAGAGCAAGUUCUCUUUUGCCAGGCGGGAUUGCACCCGUGAGUUCGGGGUCGGAGGGGCUGAGCACGAAAGCCAGUUUGGCGUCAUCGGGACGCAGCGGGCAGGUGGCUUUGGCUUAGCCGCUUUGGAGCCCGUCGCUGCCAGCGAGACCCUGCCCGAGCGGGCUGGCCAUUCCCAAGGGGUGGGCCUGGAGGAGCUCAGAGAGGCCGGCGUGGGGCAGCCCGACUGGGCUGGAGGUCGAGGUCUCAGUGUCACGGAGCCAUCUGUCAGCGGGGGAUGGAUGGACUGGACAUACACAUGCAGCACGAGCAGCACGGGUCCCUCCAGUGGCCUGGGGGUGGGGGGCGCCGAUCCACCCCGGGAACCUGGCGUGGGGCAGUCAGACGGGGCCGGUGACGGCACGGGAGACUCAGCCACCGCCAGCGGCUUGGGGCGCAUGGGCAUGACGGAGGCUGGAGAGAGACAGUUUUACUGGAGCCGCGAGUUCAGCUCCGGGGCCGAGAGGUCUGCGAAGCCUGGGGAGGUGGCCGUGGGGCAGAUGGACUGGGCCAGUGAGGCCGGCAUUGGAUGUGGGAAACAACCCGGUGCCACAUCCCUGGCUGGCCUGGAGCUGCAUGGAGACAGGUAAGGGCUGCGCUGGAGGUGGGAGGGUUGGGCGGAAGUGUAGGGGGCUGCAUCUCGGCCUUCACUGCUCAUCAGAGCAUUUGGUGCCCUACCUAUGCGAGGGGCCGGUCUCAAACAGCAGCUGUUUUCGGGGGAGGGGGGCAGAGGGAAAGGAGGGAAGGUCUUGUCCCACUCCCAGCCUGGGACUGUUUAGACAAAGUACUCCUGUUGUGGGGAUCAGCACUCCCGACGUCUGUUUGCUGCUGAGCUCUCAAAGAUCCUGCAGCAGUGAGUUCCUCUUCUUAACAUCUCCUCUCCUUGGGGAAGCCCUGAGGCUACUGCCCAGCAUGGUCACGCACCUCCUCAUGCCCACUUGAUCAGGGCAGCUCAGUUGCCUUCAGCCCACUGCGUAGCAUCCUACGGAAG